AUGCCCAAGAUAACCCUGAAUGGUGUGACAGUGGAUUUCCCUUUCCAGCCAUACAAAUGCCAAGAGGAGUACAUGAGCAAGGUCUUGGAGUGUCUGCAGAAGAAAGUGAACGGCGUUCUGGAGAGCCCCACGGGCACGGGGAAGACGCUGUGUCUCCUCUGCAGCACGCUGGCCUGGCGGGAGCAGCUCCGAGACGCUGUCUCUGCCCGCAAGAUUGCCGAGAGGAUGUCAGGGGAGCUCUUCCUUGACCGCGCCUUGGCGUCCUUGGGGAACGCUGCCCUGGAAGGAGAUGUCCCAGCGUGCUACGCGGACGUCCCAAAGAUCAUUUACGCCUCCAGGACCCACUCGCAGCUCACUCAGGUCAUCAGUGAGCUCCGGAACACCUCCUACCGGCCCCGAGUGUGCGUGCUGGGCUCCCGGGAGCAGCUGUGUGUCCAUCCUGAGGUGAAGAAGCAGGAGAGUAACCACAUGCAGGUCCACUUGUGCCGCAAGAAGGUGGCAAGUCGCUCCUGUCACUUCUACAACAACGUGGAAGAGAAGAGCCUGGAGCCGGAGCUGGCCAGCCGCGUCCUGGACAUUGAGGACCUGGUCAGCAGUGGGACAAGGCACAGAGUGUGCCCCUACUACCUGUCUCGGAACCUGAAGCAGCAGGCCGACAUCAUCUUCAUGCCCUACAACUAUCUGUUGGAUGCCAAGAGCCGCCGUGCAUAUGGCAUCGACCUGAAGGGGACGGUUGUGGUCUUUGACGAAGCUCACAACGUGGAGAAGAUGUGUGAGGAGGCCGCGUCCUUCGACCUGACUCCCCACGAUGUGGCUUCGGGACUGGACGUGAUAGACCAGGUGCUGGAGGAGCAGGCCAAGGUGGCGCGGCAGACCGAGCUCCACCCGGAGUUCAGCGCGGACUCCGCCAGCUCAGGGCUGAACUUGGAGCUGGAGGACCUCGCAAAGCUGAAGACGAUCCUGCUUCGUCUGGAGGGGGCCAUCGACGCCGUGGAGCUGCCUGGAGGUGAUGGCGGUGUCACCAAGCCUGGGAGCUACAUCUUUGAGCUGUUCGCCGAAGCCCAGAUCACGUUUCACACCAAGGGCUGCAUCCUUGACUCCCUGGACCAGAUCAUCCAACACCUGGCAGGACGUGCGGGGCUGUUCACCAACACGGCAGGGCUGCAGAAGCUGGCAGACAUCAUCCAGAUCGUGUUUAGCGUGGACCCUGCUAAAGGUGGCCCCAGUGCCGUGGUGGGGCCAGGGUGUCAGUCCUACAAGGUGCACAUCCACCCUGAUGUUGGUCACCGGAGGACAGCUCAGCGGUCAGAUGCCUGGAACGCCACGGCGGCUAGGAAGCAAGGGAAGGUGCUGAGCUACUGGUGCUUCAGCCCUGGCCACAGCAUGCGUGAGCUGGUCCACCAGGGCGUCCGCACCCUCAUCCUCACCAGCGGCACCCUGGCCCCCGUGUCCUCCUUCACCCUGGAGAUGCAGAUCCCCUUCCCAGUCUGCCUGGAGAACCCACACGUCAUCGACAAGCACCAGAUCUGGGUGGGGAUUGUCCCCAAAGGCCCCGACGGAGCCCAGCUGAGCUCCGCCUUUGACAAACGGUUCUCUGACGAGUGCUUGUCGUCCCUGGGGAAGGCACUGGGCAACAUCGCCCGUGUGGUCCCGCACGGGCUCCUGGUCUUCUUCCCUUCCUACCCCGUCAUGGAGAAAAGCCUGGAGUUCUGGCGGGCCCGUGACUUUGCCAGGAAGCUGGAGGUCCUGAAGCCCCUGUUCGUGGAGCCGAGGACCAAAGGAGGCUUCUCGGAGGUGAUGGAGGCUUUCUACACGAGAGUCGCCGCCCCCGGGUCCAGUGGGGCCACCUUCCUGGCUGUGUGCCGGGGGAAGGCCAGCGAGGGGCUGGACUUCGCAGACGCGAAUGGCCGUGGAGUGAUCGUCACGGGCCUCCCAUACCCGCCCCGCAUGGACCCCCGGGUUGUCCUCAAGAUGCAGUUCCUGGAUGAGAUGAAGGGCCAGAAUGGGGCCCGGGACCAGUUCCUCUCCGGGCACGACUGGUACCGGCAGCAGGCAUCCAGGGCUGUGAACCAGGCCAUCGGGCGGGUGAUCCGGCAUCGCCAUGACUACGGGGCUGUCUUCCUCUGCGACCACAGGUUCAGCUCUGCAGACGCCAGAGCCCAGCUGCCUUCCUGGGUGCGUCCCCACGUCAAGGUGUACGACAGCUUCGGCCACGUCAUCCGAGAUGUGGCCCAGUUCUUUCGCAUCGCUCAGAGAACCAUGCCCGUGCUGGCCCCCCGAGCUGCUGCUCCGAGUCUGGGCGCAGGAGAAGGCACUGCCUCGGUGGCCGUGUCACCCGGCCCCCUCCGCACCAGGAAGGCCACGAGUCUGGAUGUGCACGUCCCUAGCCUGAGGCGCAGACGCACGGGCUUGCUAGUCGCCGGGGACGCCGAGGGCAGCCUUUGUGUGGAGUACCAGCAGGAAGCCAUCCGGGCCCGGCGGAGGCCCGUGGGGCUGCUGGCCGCGCUGGAACACAGCGAGCAGCUGGCCGAGGGGCCUGGGGACGAGGCCCUGUCCGCGGAGGAGGAGAAGAGGCCAGCAGAGGAGCAGCGUGGCAGGCGGAGGAAGGUCAGGCUGGUCGGCGGCCCGGAGGGGCCAGAAGCUGGCGCGGACACAGGCAGGGCCAAGCUGUUCAUGGCGGCCGUGAAGCAGGCGCUGAGCCAGGCCAGCUUUGACACCUUUACCCAGGCCCUGCGGGAUUACAAGAGCACCGAUGACCUGGCGGCCCUGGCCGCUCACCUUGGCCCCCUCUUUGCCGAGGACCCCAAGAAGCACAGUCUGCUCCAAGGCUUCUAUCAGUUCGUGCGGCCCCACCACAAGCAGCAGUUUGAGGAGGUCUGCCGCCAACUGACGGGCCGAGGCUGCAGCUCCCGGCCCGAGCAUGGCCUUCCCCGGAGGCAGGGAGCACAACUGGCCCUGGACCCCAGUGGAAGGAGGGAGCCUGACCCCAAGCUGACUGUGUCCCAGGGUGCAGGCAGGCAGCUGGACCCGCACGAACACCUGAACCAGGGCCGGCCCCACCUGGCCUCCGGGCUGCUCCCUGCAGGAGACCCCAGCCGCCGGCCUCCUGAGGGGUCUGGAGCCCCCGGAGCAAAGAAGCACCCACCUGCUGUGAGUGCCUACCUGGCGGAUGCCCACAGGGCCCUGGGGGCCACAGGCUACAGCCAGCUCCUGGCGGCGCUGACCACUUACAAGCAGGAUGACGACUUCGAGAAGGUGGUGGCCGUGGUGGCCUCACUCACCACCGCCAAGCCUGAGGACCUGCCCCUGCUGCAGAGGUUCGGCAUGUUCGUGCGCCCUCACCACAAGCAGCGCUUCCGGCAGACGUGUGCGGGACUGGGCACCCAGGCUCCAGGACCCUGGGAGGGGAGCCCUGUUACGCCUUCUGACCUUGUCUGCGGGGCUCGCGGGCCAGGUAGGGCCGCCUGCCUGGUGCUCCUGCCGCCCUGUCGCCCCAGCCCCCCUCAGCCCUGGCAGGAUGGGCAGCCCGAGCAGGCCUGUGGUGCUCACGUCAGCCCCCUUGCAGUGGGCUUGGUGUGUCCUGGCUGCAGGGCGGAGGAUGUGGUCCCCUUCCAGUGCCCCUCCUGCGACUUCCACUGCUGCUGGGCCUGUUGGCGACAGCACCUCCAGGUCUCUAGGACGUGCCCGGCCUGCCAUGCUGCCACCAGAAAGCAGAGCCUCACGCAGGUCUUCUGGCCGGAGCCCCAGUGA